AUGAGUGACAAAGAUUAUAAAAAUAUAAAUUGUAUUGAUUACAUUGAGCCCGAUCGGGAAUUAUUAGCAUGGGAGAAAUGGAUAAAAAUAAGAAAGGAAGAAACAACGCAUCUAGCUCAAAGAUUGGGCAGAGACCCAGCAGAACUAGAAAUGAAUAUCUUUGAAAACAGGCGUGAAGACAAAGAAAGAAAGAUAACUCUAGAACAUGCCCAAAUUGAGAAGAAAGUUGGAAUAAGAGGUACCCUAUGGGAGCAACCUCAACGACUUAAACAAGGUUGUUAUUGUGAACCUGCUUAUGAAAUGCAACGAACUAGAGCUGAAAUGGGACGGCCCCGUAUAAUUCAACAUAUUGGAGUACCAAAUUAUAUUCAAGAAACUGAAAAGGGGAUUAGUGGUGUGUCAAAAAGAAACCCUUGCACAAAAUUAAAUUCAGAAUACGUGAAGUAUAGGGCUAAGAGGGAGAAGGAAUUGGAGGAAAAUAUAAAAACUAUAGAUCCUUUCAGACCCGAAAUAAAAGAACUAGUGGUUGUAGGAACCAAGCCCAAAACUCCUCCAAAAAAAAUGCCUUCCGUUCCCGUCAUAUCAAUUAUUUUACAGAACGAGGAACCUGCUGAUUUCUAUCCAUCAAUUUACGCCGUAAGAAUAAAUGAUACGGUAUUUUUUAAAAACACUCCACCUCAAGAUCUUCACAGUUUGUAUGAAAUGCAAAAACAACCGUGGCACGUGAAUUGCAAUUCGUGGUCCUAUUACUUUAAUUGUCCGGUCAAAAGAGUUGGGAGAAGCAAGUUAUUUUUACAAAAUCUUGGGACAGUGACGUUAAGAUAUUGUUGGAAAAAAUUAAAACCAAUUAGUGUGGAAGACUAUCAAGAACCGGUUUUCUUUUUUAACAGAAAUGAGAAUGUAAUAUGUCCAGGACAGAAUCAAUAUAUAUAUUUUACUUUUAUAUCGGGUGAACCUGGGUCAUAUAGGGAAACUUGGGAAUUAAUCUUUUAUAAUGUUUCAUUUUACGAAUCCGUUGAUAAGGCGUUCAUAGUAAAUCUUUACGCGGAUUCGACAGAAAACUUCUACAAAAUUAAGAAGAAGAUUGAGAAACUGGAAAACUUUAUUUAUAAAAUUCUGCUUCGGAAUAUUGCCAGAGAUUUGUUACACGAAAUAAUUACAAAAUCAACAAGUGUUCAGCCACAAAUUUAUCCUUACAAAAAACUAUUUUUAGAGGCUGAAAUGUUUGUAUUGAAAAAUCCUGUAUGUUUUUAUCAUCAAACAGAAGUUAUGAAAAUGAAAAAUUUCUAUGAAGAGAUGGUUGUUAAUCGUCAAUGGGAUUUAUCAAUCAGCAGUUGGCGGUUAGAAAUGAUGAAGAAGGAUUAUGAAGAAAGAAUGAAAUACUUUGAUUUAUUAAAGUUAUCACAUAAAGAAUUACAAAAACCGUGGUACGAAAAGAAUGAUUUAGAGGAGCAAAAAUAUAAAGCUGUGUAUGAACUACUUGGUCAAUUUGCUAGUAAAUUGGAUUAUGAAUAUGCUCGUAUACCAAGUAUGUAUUUUAUGAGUAUUCCUGAAGAAUCACAGAUACAAUCUUCAACGACCAUUCAAGAAUCUCCUGCUAUUGUCACUCAUAUAUUCUUUUUACGUGCUUAUGAACACUUUUCUGUAACAAUAGAGUUAUGUGCAGGCAUUCUUAGUAGUUUAGAUCUUAACAGAUGGAUACAUUUUGAUUUUUGUCGAACUUAA